AUGGACUUCCUUCUGGGGGCAACAGAGUAUGAGAAGGAAGGUCUUCUCUUGCAUGCCGACGACGACGCCAAAGACCGCCUUGAAAAGGCCGUGAAGAAUUCGAAGGCCGCUGGCUACGACAUCAGUGAUCUCAUCGCGGAGGAUGUGGACUAG